GGAGGGCCUAUCAGUCCGAAUACUGUGGCCACCAGUGCUAACUCCUCUUCGUCUGGACUCCUGAUUCCUAUCUCCCAACAACUUACUGGUCCUGUUCGUCUAGUAUCUACAACCUCGGGACCGAAUCUUAUCGUCUCUAUGACUCCAGUCGCAUCCUUGGCUGCUCAGACGGGAGGUGUAGCUGGUAUGAGCAGCAGCAACACCACAACUACAAUGGCAGUCACCACAACCGUCUGCAAUGGGCCCCCUGGAGUAAUGGGUUUCGGUGGACAGAGUGCGCUGCAACCACAGCCGUUAGUCUCUAUUUCAUCCGGAGCAGGGCAGCGAAUGAGUUCAACUGGGACCCCACAAGCUAGUUUGCUUAAUUCUCAAAGUGGUCUUAUUUUGCUGCCGCCUCAACAGCAGCAACCCCUUCACACGGGUCAGGCGAUACGUCAGCAAAGUUCUGCAUUGAAUGCUCUUGAUUUAUUCUGGGACCAUUCUCUUCGAUUUUUUUGA